CACGAUCAAUUGAUUCCUUUAUUAAAAAUAAUUGUAACUGUGCCUGAUUAUGGUAAAUUAUAAAGUGAUGAAUUAAUACUCCUUGAAAUAGUGAUCGUAAUCAUUACAUAGUGCUCUUAAAAAAUUCUUCGAAAUUAAUAUGAAAGUAACCUCUGAAAUGACCGAGAAAGAGAUAUAUAAUGAUUUUAAAGAAAACUACGGCAAAGUACGUAAACUUCUUGAUGAGGAUAGCAAGAAUGAUCCCGAAAAUGAGCCUUAUCUUUCCAAAUAUAAAGCGAAGGAAAUACUGAUGAAUAUGUAUGUUAAUUUAAAGAAAAUUUCGAAUCCUGAUUCUAAUCUUUGUGGUGUCAAGUUCGAUGCAAUGUUAGGAACAGUACUAUUGAACAUCGGUAUUAUUGACAUGGAGACUGAAGAACUUACGUCAAGUGAAAGAGUUUUAUCUGAAGCUGUGGAACUUUUAACUGCUAAUUCCACAAAACCAGAAAUAGUUAUAACAUUGAUUAACAUUUAUAACAAUCUGGGUAUCCUGUGGUCUAAUAGAGAUGAGCCAGGCAAAGCCAAAGUUUUCCUUCUUAGUGCUAAAGAAUUGUAUGAAUCCUUCAAAUGUACUUUGCAAAUGCCUAUGCCUAUUGAAAAUAUAAUAAAUAAUGCUGGAGAAACUGAUGUUGGUGAUUUUAUCUUGUUGGAGAAAGCUUACACUCUGACCCUUUAUUAUCUUGCUCAAGUUUUUGGUUCUUUGAAGGAGAAUUUGAAAUCUGCUAUAUACUGUCAUGUUACUUUAAGACGACAGUUACAGUACGCUGAUUAUGAACCUAUUGAUUGGGCUCUGAAUUCUGCAACAUUGUCACAGUUUUUUGCUGAACAGAAUGGAUUUUUCCAGUCACGACAUCACUUGUCAGCAGCAUCAACUAUUCUUGACAACUAUGAAGAAAAGCUUAUGGCGUUAGAAAGUAAUGAUGAUGCAUUUCUAGCUAAGUUAGAGACUUUCAAACAUAGAUCAGCAGAUGUAGCUAGAUGCUGGGCAAAAUAUUGCUUAUUAUUGAUGACUGCAUCUAAAGCAAGGUUAAUGAGUGAUUCUGAAAUUCUAACAGAUGCAAUUACUGAUAUGUCCAAUUUGCAGAUAGAGGAUCACGAAAAUAUUUGUGGAGGAGACAUCAAAAGCUUAGUUUUCCCUGACAUUGAUGUCUCAAAAUAUGAAAAUAAAAUAGGAGAUAAAUUUCUUCUAACAUACCAAGAUGCCCGGGAUGUGUUUUUAAGUUGUCAGAACUGGUUAAAUAAAGCAAAAGAGUAUUAUAAAUUAGAUUCUUUAGCUUCAGAUUAUAUUGAGCUAAUACAGGACAGUUCGCAGUCAUACAGCUACCUUGCUUUCUUUGAGGAGGAUGACGAGAGGAGAGCAAAAAUGCAUAAAAGGAGGAUCGAUAUGCUCGAAGAGCUUGUCAAAGAAAUAAAUCCAACAUACUAUUUGCAGUAUUGCAGACAGCUUUGGUUUGAAUUAGGUGAAGUUUACUCUGAUAUACUCAAUAUUAAAUUAGAUAAACUAAAUAAAACCAAAGAGAAGCCAUCACCGCAUGCUUUAAAGAAAAUCAAUAUGCUUUGUGAAAAGAGCAUAGAGAACUAUGAUCAAUUUUUAAAUUCAGUCAAAGACAAAAAUGGAAUAAUGCCUAUUAAACUAGACUUUGAUCUCAUUCGUCCAGUAAUAAGUGCUUAUGCCUUUAUUGGUAGAAAUAGUAUGAAAAGGAUAGCUCUUGAUAAAAGUGUGCAGUUGGUUCAUGUGAAAAAGAGUUAUGAUUGUUAUCAAUCUGUAGUUGAUAUCUGCACAAGUAACGAAGAUGCUGCUGUUAUGAUGAAAGAGGAAUACAGCUUGUGUCAAGAAAUGGUGAACAUAUUGCCAAUAAAAAUAAAAAGGCUUGAAAAUGAAGUUAUAAAUUCAUAAUUUAUAUUUGUUUGGCAUAUUAACGGCAAAUUUAAUUCAUCGCUUUUAUUUAACAUUGCUUGAAAAGUAAAUGAAUUGGAUAAGAGCACAAAGGAUUCAGUUGAAAUAAUUAUUUGGUGGCAAGUUUUCAAACCAAUUUAUGUAAUUGGUUUCUGUAUUCAUAAUCUUAUGUGUCACUUUGUAUUUGCUUUAAAUUAUUAAUAUAAUGUGAUAGUCAACCCCAUAAUGUGGUCUAUACUCACUGUUGAUAAAAUAAUACAGAGAUUUUUACUAUUUUUUUUUGUUUCUUAUAAUAGUUUUCACCGGUAGUUUCGGAGCUUAUAUGAUGCAAACUAAUAAAUCUUUACUCUUUCGGUCAGUUGCGCAAACGUUCAUUAAGGUUUAAUGACGCCUUUCAGCCUU